GACUUGGAGUCGCGUCGCGGUGACCUGGGUGCUGAGGGCCACGGCCUGUGUUUUGACCUAAGAGCCCCUGGUCCGCCGCCGUGUUCUCCUCGGGACGAUGAUGCCCCGCCUGCUGCUUCGCGUCUGGCCCCGGAGACCUUCGGCUGCCCCUUGUCGGACCCUCAGCGCCGGCUCCGGGCCCGGCCCGUACCUGCAGCACAGCAUCGUCCCCACCAUGCACUACCAGGACAGUCUGCCCAGACUUCCGAUCCCCAAACUUGAAGACACCAUUAGGAGAUACCUCAGUGCACAGAGGCCUCUUUUGGAUGAUGGUCAGUUCAGGAAAACAGAACAAUUCUGUAAGAGUUUUGAAAAUGGGAUUGGAAAAGAACUGCAUGACCAGCUGGUUGCUCAGGACAAGCAGAAUAAACAUACAAGCUACAUUUCAGGUCCAUGGUUUGAUAUGUAUUUAACUGCUCGAGACUCCAUUGUUCUGAACUUUAAUCCAUUUAUGUCAUUUAAUCCUGACCCCAAAUCUGAAUAUAAUGACCAGCUCAUCAGGGCAACCAACAUGACUGUUUCUGCCAUCCGGUUUCUGAAGACACUUCGGGCUGGCCUUCUGGAGCCUGAGGUGUUCCACCUGAACCCUGCCAAGAGUGACACUAACACCUUUAAGAGACUCAUACGCUUUGUGCCUUCUUCUCUGUCCUGGUAUGGGGCUUACUUAGUCAAUGCAUAUCCACUGGAUAUGUCGCAGUAUUUCCGGCUUUUCAAUUCAACGCGUAUACCCAAACCCAGUCGAGAUGAGCUCUUUACAGAUGACAAGGCCAGACACCUCCUGGUCCUAAGAAAAGGACAUUUCUAUGUCUUUGAUGUUCUGGAUCGGGAUGGAAACAUUGUGAACCCCUCAGAAAUCCAGGCACAUCUCAAGUAUAUCCUGUCAGAGAAUAGCCCAGUGCCUGAGUUUCCUCUGGCAUACCUGACCAGUGAGAACCGAGACAUCUGGGCAGAGCUCAGGCAAAAGCUGAUGCAGAGUGGGAAUGAGGAGACACUAAGGAAAGUGGACUCUGCUGUGUUCUGCCUCUGUCUGGAUGACUUCCCCAUUAAAGACCUCAUCCAUUUGUCCCACACGAUGCUGCAUGGUGAUGGCACAAACCGUUGGUAUGAUAAAUCCUUUAACCUCAUUGUGGCCAAGGAUGGCACUGCUGCCGUCCACUUUGAGCACGCUUGGGGCGAUGGGGUUGCAGUGCUCAGGUUUUUCAAUGAAGUGUUUAAAGAUAGCACUCAGACCCCUGCCAUCACUCCCCAGAGCCAGCCAGCCACUACCAACUCUUCUGUUGCUGUGCAGAAACUCAGCUUCAAGCUGAACGAUGCCUUAAAGGCUGGCAUUGCUGCUGCUAAGGGAAAGUUUGAUGCGACCAUGAAAACCCUCACUAUUGACUGUAUCCAGUUUAACAGAGGCGGCAAGGAAUUCUUAAAGAAGCAGAAGCUGAGCCCUGAUGCAGUGGCCCAGCUGGCCUUCCAGAUGGCCUUCUUGAGGCAGUAUGGGAAGACAGUGGCCACCUAUGAGUCCUGCAGCACUGCAGCCUUCAAGCACGGCCGCACUGAGACCAUCCGUCCAGCUUCCCUCUUCACAAAGAAGUGCUCCGAGGCCUUCGUCCGGGAGCCCUCCAAGCACAGUGCUGGCGAGCUUCAGCAGAUGGUGGUCGAGUGUUCCAAGUACCAUGGCCAACUGACUAAAGAAGCGGCGAUGGGCCAGGGCUUUGAUCGACAUUUGUUUGCCCUGCGGUACCUGGCAGCAGCCAAAGGGAUGGCCCUGCCCGAACUCUACAUGGACCCUGCAUAUGGGCAGAUAAACCACAACAUCCUGUCCACCAGCACUCUGAGCAGCCCAGCAGUGAACCUUGGCGGCUUUGCCCCUGUGGUCCCUGAUGGCUUUGGCAUUGGGUAUGCUGUUCAUGACAACUGGAUAGGCUGCAACGUCUCCUCCUACCCAGGGCGCAAUCCCCGGGAGUUCCUCCAGUGUGUCCAUAAGUCUUUAGAAGACAUGUUUGAUGCCUUAGAAGGCAAAUCCAUCAAAACAUAGCUUCUAGGUGGGCGGAAAGUCUCUGUUGCUUCCUCAUCAUGAAAACGGGAGUCCAUGUGACCCACAGGUGCUGUUCUGUGCCUAACAAAACUAACCACGAGUGCCUGAGCAGCCAGCACUGCAGGCUGGAGCUGAAAGAUCAUGGUUUUAAAGCUAGACAUUGCUGAGUGGGACUAGAACAUGACUGAAGAUAAGGAGAAAGUUCAGUUUUAAAGCCUUUUGAUCAGGAGAUAGGGUUUGGAAAAAUAACUCCGAUGUAUUUAUUGGUUAAGCCAAAAUAAAAUGUAUCUGUGGCUUGGA